AUGGGUCUUGGCACGAAUCUCGUCGAUUGGGUGGACAAGCACAGGAAAAAGCCGUCAGCAGUGAUUGGAAACAUUGAUAUUCCCGCGUAUUGUCUGAAAAAAAUCGGCUCUCGACACCUGGUUCUGGCCGGUGGUGGCGGCUCUUCGAAAACUGGCGUCGCCAAUGAAAUUCAGGUUUUUUCACAAGAAAAAGAGGAACUUUUCAAUCAUAAGAAGAUUUUCAAGACGCAUUUAUUAUCAUUCGAGAAGGAAAAUUCGGCAGCACCGUCUACGAUGCGAGCCGAGUGCGUUGACAAGGUUUUUUUCAAAAGUUAUUUUGAUUGAAAAUUUUUUGUGAGUUCAACGUAUCUUUGUUUCAGUUUGACACGGGUCCCUUCGCGACGAUGAACAUGGAUGUGGCGUGUCUAACCGAAAAAUCCGAUCGAUGGCAGAUUUUUUUAAUAGCCGCUGGCCAUGAACAAGUGACUGGCUUGAAAAUUAUUUUUUAUAAGUUUUUUUGGUUUUUCUUCAAAAAAGUCAAGGAGUAAUGAAAUAGGACAGAUUAUUAGUGACAUUGUAGCUCCUGUUGGAAAAAAAGUUUUUUUAAAAGUCUAGCUUGAAAUAAAAUAAAAUAUAAAAUGGUAGUUAAAACUGAACAUGUUUAUUUCUAAUAGAAUCAGUUAUCAUUCGUCUAAGAAACAUUUCAAAUUGAAAAAUAAAAAAAUUACAAGCUUCAAUAUUUUUGUAUUUCAGUUCUGCGACUUCUACAUCACGCAAGGCUUCAAGUUAACUGAAGAGGACAGGAAAAUCGGGUUCAAUUUCAAGCAAAUCGGUCGUGUGAGGACUGAUCAUCACACCAAAAUGUCCUACCAGGUUUUUAACCUCUGAAACUUAGUUAACAUAAUUUUCUCAAGAAAUGCGUCAAAUUUGAUCGUCAAUACCGAGGUCAAAUGGUUGCGACUGGAGGAGCAGAUGGCCAUGUACGAAUUUGGGACGCCAGGACCAUUAAUAGAAAAAGUGUUCGUAUUCCAAAAGUUUGGUUUCCAUCAGAAUUUUGUUUUGUAGGAAAAAGACCCUGAACCGAAACCGCUACACGACGUCGCCGCACACGAAUCCGAUGUCGAUGAUAUCGAUUUUUCCUAUGAUUCCAAGAUUUUGAUGUUUGUGAACAUUUUAUUUUCGACAUGAUAUUCUGCUCUGAAUCAUUUCUCAAUGUUAAAGGCGCAUAGAUUUAUCAAAUGUUUUCGAAGCGAAAUUUCCUUUCAGUGUUUUGGGUUUCAUGCCUUUAAACACUUGUUGAAGGGUUUAAAAACAGAAAAUACAUCUAUUUUUUCGUGUAGAUUCUAAUUUUUUAUUUUUCAGAUCGGUUGGAAAUGGUAAAGCGUUCCUAUGGAGCACACAAACUGGCGAAAUGCUCAUUGAUGUUCCGUUUCCGAUUGAAAUUGCUCGUGGUUUCAAAGUAUUUUUUUUGAUAGUUUUUUUAAAAAUCAUGAUACAAAUAAGUUUCGAAAGAAUAUCUUUUUUUGGAGAUAACUUUUUUUGGUAGAAGGGAUGUGAUUGGUUAACUAGCUUCUGUCUGCGACGAUUGAGAUUUUUUUAUGGCUAUAAUUUUUUUUAUAUUCUUGCGGAUUUUUUUGAAGGCGCAAUAUUUUUUUACAAUAUCUCUAAAGGAUGAGCUUUUUCACCUCGAGACCUUGUUUAUAUCAGCAUAUGCCCAUUCAAAUAUCACGAUAAGAGUUUAAAAAGAUACUAUGCUCGUUCUCAAAGGGAUUAUCUCUUUAUAAUUCGAAAUUCUUCAGAUGAGAAGUGUCCGGUGCACGAAUCUCGGUGCGGCCAGCAGCAACACGGUUUUCGUCGCCGCCUACAACUCUAUCUCAAGAGCUUCGAAGGAUAUUGCCUGCUACUUGGCCUUGUGGGCUUUCAACUCCGAGAAAAAGCUUCUGCGGCCUGUCAUUGUCAAGAAAGUCGCCACUGAGGUACGGCUGAAGCUUGAUCUCGUCUUCAAACUAAUUUCGGCGAUUUGAAAAUUGACGCGUUAUUCGUGUAAAAUGUUUUUACGAAAUAAUCGAAAAUAGAAAUCCGGGAGUUAUUUAAAAAAGAUCUUACAACGAUAUAUCGCGAAAUGUGACUUUUUACGGCGAACUCUACGCGCGGAUAUAAAUUUUGUAAAUUUGUGUGAAAAGUUGUAAAUGCUCAAAUAAUUUCAAAAUUUAGAGUUCGCGCAAUUCGGAGUUUUCCCGGAUUCAUAUUUUGUCUAUUUCGCGAAAUAACUUAAAAUGAAAAUUUUGUCAGUUUUGAAAUCGCUGAAAUUGUUUUGAACAUUGACCCGGUUUUCAGGGUUAUAUUUUGUAGCCAAGUUCUUGCUGUGCCUUUCAAAGAAACCUGAACAUUUUCUAAAACGUCUCGAGACGAAGUGCGGUUUUCAUCAGUUUUGUCAGUAUAUGAGUGAUUCCGCGAAACGCCAGAGGUGAAAGGGAUUGCUAAAUUUUGGGAAAGUCAGAGACAAUUUUGCUUUUCGCCGAAAUUACUUUGAAUACGGCAAGACCAUUAUUAUUUUCUUCUUUUUAAAUUUCGUUUUUUCAUUCGCUUCUACUCAGGCGAUAUCAGCCCUGUCGGUGACGGAUUGCGGCAAUUUCACGGCCAUCGGGACGAUGUCUGGCGGCGUCGGCGUCUACGACACCCACGAUUUCCGGCAACUUUUAUUUGCUCCAGUAAAAAAAACCCCAAAAUUUUUCAUUAUGCACGAUCAAAUUGUCCAGGAGACCCACGGCAUCUUUGUCACAUCGAUCGAAUUCCUCGACAAGACGGCCAGUGACGUCGUCCUGAAGGACGAACGCGGCAAAGACGUCAUCGAACCGGGACCUGCCGCCGGAUCUCAAGCUUCUCUCGUCUCUCUCAGUGCCGACAAUAGUGUUCAGGUCAGGAAAUGGCAAAAUAGUCCAUCGACCGUUAGGUCAGUGCGUAAGGUGCUAUCGAAACUUGUAAAACUUUUUUUAAUACUGUUGUUAGGAUCCUCAUUGGUCUAGCUUUGAAAAAUAAAUACUUCUGAGUCUUCUAAAAAUCACUAUUGGCCACACGAUUUUUUUAAUUGGAUUUUAGGAUGCCGUGUUUUUUGUUUCCAAAAUCAAAAAUAUCGUCAGGGCGUGAGAGAGAUAACAGAAUUCAGAACUCAAAAGUAAUUUUCAAUUUCGCGAAAGAUGAAAUUCACCACAGCAGCUGUUUAAUGAAAUGUAAUUCGUUUAAAUAGCUAGCAAAGUUUUUUUCUCAUUUGAAUCGUUCCGUUUCAGGUGCACACGGUUCAAUAUCCGCAAAAAUCGUCCAUCAGCGGCUUCCUAUUGAAAUUGUCGAUUUUUAGCCUCUUCAUCUACCUUUUAUUUUUCCUCUUUGCUUAA